AUGUCGGGACUCAGCACCCAGAACCUGGUCAACGACAUAGCCCUCCUCCGCACCAUCUCCCCUUCAUCCCUACCCCUCGCAAAAGCCCAGUCACCCACAACCUCCAACACGCCCCGUCAGACUCUCGAAGCGUUUGCCCCGUCAAAGGCGACCCCCGAGGAUUCACAGAGACUUGCAAAGGCAUAUGUGAAAGAAAUGAAGCGGGUCAAUGAGACACAGGGGAAGGGGGAAGGAGAGGAGGUGGGGGAGCGUAUAGAUCAGCUGAGAGCACUUGGGGAAGAUAUCCAAAAAGUUCUUGGGGAUGUCAAGGUAUGA